AGGAGCUUUGCUUGUGCACGAGGAGAGAAAUUAUAGACAUGAGGCUGACGACUCUUCCCCUGUCACCUUCACAACAUGGCAAUGGCUUCCUUCCCUCUCGUCAUGUAGGAGGUGGAAAUAGGAGCUCUGCUAGGGAUGCAGAGCUUUUAGUUUUAGAGGAAGCUAAGGAGCAGGUAGGUAGUGGCCGAUCUCAGGCUAGAGUAGAGAAGCCAGCUACCACAGAUUGGGAUUGGGUCGUAGAGAUGGGGGGUCCAGAGUACGAUUGCCUGGCCAAUCCACUGGGAGCCGUCCGAUUGACCUUCGAGAAGGUGAUCGCGUCGGGCUCCCAUCCCUCCGCCUUCGAUGGCAAGGAUUGGGGCGCUCUCGACCUCUUCCGCCACUUGCUUGCAGAAAGAUCCACCCUUUCCCAGGUUCCCAUUCUUGAUUCCUCGACAAUCAGAUUGGUUCAACCCCACACUCUAGUUCGGUAUCGGGGAAUGAUCCAGGAUAUGUUGGGGAAUGAAUUAUACGUCGGUGCUUAUAAGCAUGGUUCGUCAUGGAGGACCAAUAAGUUUGCGGAUGUCUCUCAAUAUCCCAUGUGCUCUUCCCCUUCUCCUUCCUCUGAUACGUGCAUUUGGGAACGUCGCCUGCUCUACUGUGUUCCGGUUCCAGGACAGAAUUCUUGGACUCAACCUUCAUAUCAACCGAUGCUAAAUAGAAACGUGGGUUCAUCAUCUCAGAGCCGGGAGAAGCGCCAGAGAAUUGAUGAUCAAGAUAUUCAAGACAUGGAUAUGAUAACUGAUGAUGAGUUAAAAACAUCUCCAUUGGCCAAGAAGAUGAGGGAAGAUGGAAAUUGUUCCCCUUCUUCAGGAUUUAGGGCUUCAAUGACUGAGGGCUAUUUUUCCUCUAUGAAUACUUACCAAGAUGUUGACAAUGAAUCUCUGCCUUGUCUAGUAAAGAUAUAUGAUUCCCCAGAGUCAGAGUUGAAACUGAAUGACAUUUUUGAGUUUAUUGGGGUCCUCACUUUUGAUUCUGAGCCUGAAGCUGAGAUGAGUGAUUAUGAUGAGAUUUCAAACAGCUUUUCUGAUGAUGCAUUGAUCCAUUUGCCUCCUAACAAGGUUCCACGGCUCCAUUGUCUUGUCCACAGGAAGCUUGCAGUUCAUGACUUUCUGCAAAGUUCUCCAAUACCAGAGCCAAAGCCCCAUAUGGUGAAAGAGGUAAGGGGAUCUCUGUUGAGGCAUCUUACAGCUGUUCUUGGUAAUGAUGGUAUAGCAGCUCACUUUGUGUUGUUGCAUCUUCUAUCCAGGGUGCAUAGUAGAGUAGACAAUGUUGUUGUGGGGAAGCUUUCAUUAAAUCUCACUGGUUUAAGCAAAGAAAGUGUGUCUGUGUUUGGGACUCGACUCAGCAAUUUUGUUGCAAGUCUCCUUCCAUUCUCACGUUGCUUACCUAUUACACUGGAGUAUCUUAAUGCUGCCUCUCUUGCUCCAAAAAAGGAUUAUCAAAUUAACAGAUUGACACCGGGAGUUCUGCAGAUGCCUGAAGGUUCACAUUUAAUUAUUGAUGAAACCCAGCUUAAAGCUGGAUUACUCAAUGCUGUUGGUGUUGAGAAUGCAAGGUUGCUGAAAAGUCUAAUGGACUUUCAAAAGGUUGAGUAUGAUUUUCAGUAUUACAAAAUGGAUAUGACUACUGACAUCCAGUUACUUAUUUUCUCUGAUGGGAAAUCAAACAUUAUACCUGCUGAUGUAGUUAUACCUUUCCAACCUUCUUCUGCGGAUUCCUAUGAAAAAGUGGAUGCAACAACUCAGGAAGCUUGGAGAUGGUACUUGGCUACUGUUAGAACAUUACCUCAUUCAAUUGAAUCAGAUAUGCAGAAGGUUGUAGAAGAUGAUUUGGUUGCUGCAAGGCAAGCCGACCGAAGCUUAGGCAGUGGAGAUUUUAGCCGAUGGUUGACAAUGGGGCGUCUAAUGUGUUCAAGUUUUGGUGAAACCCAUCUGUCAAUGGAACACUGGCAAAUGGUGAAGGAAUUGGAGAGGCUACGAAGGGAGAGACUCAAGUGAAGUUGAAUUAACAUUGUUGGAACUGGAAAUAAUGUCUCUACUUGUGAUGAUUUGUUCAUUAAGAAUAUGCUUUCCUUCAUUUAACUCUUUAGCCUUAUCUUAUCAGAAUAAAUAGACCUAAUCUAU